AUGAAGUUUACCUACUCCCUUCUCGUUGCCUCUGGCGCCAUUGCUCUUCUAAGCUCUGUUCAACAUCGUGAUCUGACAAUCGGUCCAGGGGGACUCACUGGAAGCCUCCUUGACGGUAUUGGGGGUGAUUCGACCUCAGAAUUCUGCUCCGGCGGCACUCCACAAUGCUGUGCUGUCGAUGCCCUAGGUAAGUUAAUCACACAAGGCCUUGCGUGUACUGGUGUUUCGACUUCCGGAAAUGGAGGUCAUGGAGACGGAGAGGAAGAAAGCGAUGAGCCUAGAGAGACUGGAGGCGACGAACGAGAUUGUGAAGGCUUUGAUAAUGAUGACGACCUCUUGUAUAGGUAG